UAGCACUUAGCCCUUAGUGUGUAGUCGGACGACAAGAGGAGACGCCUGGAAAAGAAAAACACCGACAAGCAGAGGAAAUGAGCCCAGCGGAGGACAACAGAGAGCCGCGGUGACCGGACAGAGAACCUGCCACCGAAUAAAUCUGCUUCCCUGUGCGCUGAUAAGACGGAAACCGACAGGAGAUACGUGGAAAACAGCGACCCCCUCCCUCCACUGCCCGGUCCUCCUCCUCCGUCUGCGGGCUUCAUCCUCCCUUCACUUCCCCACAGAACAAGGCAGAAAACCCAUUCCGAGGGAGGAAGGGUCGGUCUCGCUGGUAGUUUGGUUGGGACGACCAUGCAAACCAUCGCCACUCGCCCUUGUCGUUAGUGAAUUUAAUUUCAGUAUGGGGUUUGGUCGGGACCUGAGGAAUUCACACGAGGGAUUACUGAAGCUGCAGGACUGGGAGCUGAAGCUGCUGGAGACUGUAAAACGUUUUAUGACACAACGGGUGAAAAGUGACAAAGAGUAUGCUGCCCUGCUGCUUGGCAUGACUCAGCAAACGGAGAAACAGGAAGCUGCAGACUAUGUCAGCACCGUCAGCAAGUCCUGGUCCCAGGUAGUUCGUCAGACUGAAGCAUUAGGUCGAGUGAUGAGAAGUCACGCUGAUGAUCUAAACUCAGGUCCCCUGCAUCGUCUGGCCACGCUGAUCCGAGACAAGCAGCAGGUCAAGAAGAGCUACCAGAGUCUUCAUCAGCAGCUGGAGAGCAGCAACCAUAAGGUUACCAGAAGUGAUCUGGAGAAGCUGAAAGUGACAUAUCGUCAGCUGAGCCGUGAAGCAAACACAACUAGAGAGAAAUAUAAGGAAGCUCUGGCCAAAGGUCGGGAGGCAGAGCGUGCCCGUGAGCGUUACGACAAAGCGACGGCAAAGCUCCACAACCUCCAUAACCAGUAUGUGUUGGCGGUGUGCGGUGCUCGAACCCAGCAGGAAGAGCACAGACGCUGUGCUGCACCCGCUCUGCUCGAUGCCCUGCAAAGGAUGCAGGAAGACAUGACGCUGGCCCUUAGAAGUAUCCUUGAGGAGUACUGUGAGAUCAGCAGUCUGCUAACGGAGGAGAUCGUUAAACUUCACCAAGAGAUCUCAGCAGCAGUGGAACAGAUCGACCCUCUAGCCGAGUACCAACACUUCAUUGAUGCCUACAGGUCUCCAGAGACCCCUGAGGCGACUGUGGAGUUUGAUGCCUCACUAUUGGAGGAUACCGAGAACCUGCCGCCCAAUGAGAUCCUGUGGAACACUCUGACGGCCGAAACCCUACAGGCCAUGUUGUCCUCGGCGACAGAUGAGCUAGUCCUGACUCAGCAGAAUCUGCGAACUAAGGAAGCAUUGGCUGACGACCUGGAUUCCAAAAUUCAAACUAGUCAGCAGACCACAGAGAGGAAGAGCGACUGUGUCCUGUUGCUCAGUCAGAAACUGUCCCUCCUGGAGCUCCGUCACACUGUCCAGUUGCUGCGCAGUUCAGAGACUCGUCUUGCCUCCCAGAAGGCUCUUCUAGAUGCAAAGAUGUCUGCCGCCGUGGCUUCCCCUCCUCCUCCACCUCCUGCUCCGGCACUGCCAUACGAGGAUGAUGCCCGCUCCAUUGGCUCCACUGAUAAAGUGAAGGAGAAGAGCUCUCGCUUUGAUACUCUUCGCCACUCUCUGGCAGGAAUGAUACGAUCACCUAAAGCCAUGUUGGGCUCCUCCUCCUCACAGUUCUUUGACGUGAUCCCUACGUCUGAGCGCCCCUUGGUGGAGCAGGAGUGGUACCACGGCGCCAUCCCUCGCACUGAGGCUCAGGAAUUACUAAGGCAGCAGGGAGACUUCUUGGUGCGGGAGAGUCACGCUAAACCGGGCGAGUAUGUCCUGUCAGUAUUUUCUGACGAGCAGAGGCGACACUUCAUCAUCCAGUUUGCAGACAAUCAGUACCGUUUUGAGGGAACGGGCUUCUCCACCAUCCCUCAGCUCAUCGAACACCAUUUCUCCACCAAACAGGUCAUCACCAAGAAGUCUGGGGUGGUGUUGCUCAACCCUGUUGUCAAGGAUAAAAAGUGGAUCCUAAACCAUGAGGACGUGGUUCUGGGGGAACUCUUAGGAAAGGGUAACUUUGGUGAGGUGUUUAAAGGAACACUGCAGCGUGACAAAACUCCAGUCGCCAUCAAAACGUGUAAAGAAGAUUUACCUCCAGAGUUGAAGAUCCGCUUUUUGUCUGAGGCCAGGAUUCUGAAGCAGUAUGACCACCCAAACAUUGUGAAGCUGAUUGGUGUUUGUACGCAGCGACAGCCGAUCUACAUCGUCAUGGAGCUGGUUCCUGGUGGAGACUUCUUGUCAUUUCUAAGGAAGAAGAAAGAUGAAUUAAAGACUAAGCAGCUGAUUCGCUUUGCUGUUGACGCUGCAGCUGGCAUGGCGUACCUGGAAAGUAAAAACUGCAUCCACAGGGACCUUGCUGCAAGGAACUGUCUUGUUGGCGAAGGAAGUGUUCUAAAGAUCAGUGACUUUGGGAUGAGUCGUCAGGAGGACGAUGGAGUUUAUUCCUCAACUGGACUCAAACAGAUCCCCAUCAAAUGGACUGCACCUGAGGCACUCAACUAUGGCCGCUACAGCUCUGACAGUGAUGUUUGGAGCUAUGGGAUCCUGCUGUGGGAGACUUUCAGUCUAGGAGUGUGUCCUUAUCCAGGGAUGACUAAUCAGCAGGCUCGAGAACAAGUGGAGAAAGGCUAUAGGAUGGCAUGUCCUCAGCGUUGUCCUGACGAUGUGUACAAAGUGAUGCUGCGCUGCUGGCAGUAUAACUCAGGGGACCGGCCCAAGUUCUCAGAGCUGCAACGAGACCUGGUUGCCAUUAAGAAGAAAUGAAAUCAUCGCUAAGCUGGCCAAGUGAUGACAUCAUCAGAGACAGCAGAAAAAAGUUGAGUCACCAGCCAAAUCCUUUUUGUUUUCUGUGGUGGGCGUGGUCGGCAGGUGGGGAUGAUGCAGACACUGACUCAUUCGGUCACAUUCAGUUAGAAACACAAAAUGGAGAUAAAUCAGCCUGAAAGUGAAUUAAUUUCAGAUCAGACAAGAAAACCCACAGAAAUCCAGUCUGAGCACCAGUCUGAACAGACAACAGUCUCACCUGUAUGAAAGUAAACAAAGACACAGGCCACAAACUGACCCAGUGACUGAGACCAGAACAAUGCAGGUUUGGAAACGCAUCAUGAUGCAGAAGGCUGAUUUUUUUUUUUUUUUUACCAUAGGGAUUGUACUGCCAACACAAGGCAGUUGGUUAAAAUAUACGUAUACAAAUUCUUAUUUAUUGUAAAAUUAUUGUUACAACCUCCAAAAAACGUUUUUACAUAAUAAGCUAAAAAUGUCACAGGUGUGAGACACUAAGUCACAUUUUUAACUUUCACUACUGUAACUAUAGAAACAGACACUAAAACUUCUUCUAUUGCUUGGGACCAAGUAGCUUUUGUUGUAUUUAUUUUCUUAUUUUUAUUUUGUUUUUAUAAUUCAGUAUACUGUCAUCAGUUGUUUGAAUAAAGUAACAUUUUAAGACAUUCUGAAAAUCCAACUGUCAAUCACUAAACACCCCAACUCUGCUACCCUUAAUGCCCCUCCCGCUAUUUUCAGACUAAACAGUAUCAAGGAUAAUCAUUUUAUAAAUUCAUGCAUCCCUGAUUACCAUGGUAAAAUUAUUUGAGUCUUUACAAGUUGACUGUAUAAGGUUGGGGACUAAUUGUGGCAUCAGAGCUACUGACACUGUAAAGAUGUUUUCCGAUUUUUGUUUUUGCUAAAACUAUUUUUUACAGUUAAACACUAAUCUACAGUUUGUCUUAUAUUCAAUAAGAAAUAAUGUAACAUUUAUUAUAAAAUAAAUAAAAUAGAUGACCACAACUGACGAGUGGAGCAGUUUGUAACUUCAGAUUAUUAGCUUUUAAAUUUCAUUUUUUUGGUUUGUCUUGUUUCAAGUCCAACUUUUUUUCAUAGAUUUAUCAACCAUUAUAAUAUUUUGGGUUGUCUUUUAAAAGGGACCGGUUGCUGCUGUUUCUUUCACAUUCUUUGUACAUUUUUUUUCGGUUAUUGGUUUCACAGCAAUCCUGGUUAUUAUUUUGAUGAUUUAAGUAUUUUCGAACAGUUGUGUAUUUUUGCUGUAUUUUAUUGACAUUUCAGAAUUAUCAGUUAAAUAAAAAAAACAACUGUAAAA